AUGACCAACGUUGGAGACAGCCAGGCCAUCUUUUCGAGAGCGAGACGCAACACAUUGCGGUCCCGCUCUUCCUGCGACGUGCCGACAGAAGGACUGGCACCUCGUUGCGAAGUGGUGUCAAUAGGAGAACCGACACCACUGUUAGCGCCCGAGUCUCGCGACCUCGAGCGCCUUCGCUUCGGUGAUGGUUCAUCUGAUUCAUCAGAUGAACCAAAGAUGCUACGCUUGGCAGGCGGCUAG